AUGGCUGCUGUUAGCUAUCGAAACGGCAUCGCUAUCCUCCAGCUGAUCGUGUUUCCCAUCAUUCUCGUUGCUGCCAUCUUCAUCUGGAAGAGGACAGGUUGGAGGCAAGGGAGCAAGAUUUGGCGGUACGCCGUCACCCUUUCUCUCAUCCGGAUCGCUGGAAGUAUAUCCUCGCUGCUGGCAAUCAGCAAUGAUUCCUACAACAUCAAAGUCGCGGUGGCAGUGUGCCAAAUGAUUGGUAUUGCACCUCUCUUACUAACUUUUAUCGGACUGCUGAGACAAAUUGAUGUGGAUAGAAGAAUGCCUCCGAGGCCCAUGGCAUUGCUGACUCUGGUCACCAUCAUCGCUCUCAUUCUCGGUAUCGCUGGAGUCAGCUCCUCCAACGGCAACGACGGAACUUACCACCCUGGCAAGCUCGCAAAAGUAGCCAUGGGAAUUUUCCUGGCUGUAUUCGUCAUCUUUGUUCUCCUCAGUCUUUGGCUUUUCUAUGAGCUGAGCUUCUCUAUGCGGAGAUUCCAAAAGAAGUUGUUCCUGGCCAUUGCUCUUUCUACUCCCUUGUUGGCGGUUCGCCUCGUCUACUCGGCGCUCAGCGAUUACACAACGCUUAGUGCCUUUGCACUGGAUGGAAAUACCACGGUCUAUCUGUGCAUGGAUGUAUUGGAGGAAAUCAUUGCCAUGGGAAUGACCAUGGCCUUGGGAAUAUCAGCCAUUCUGGAAAGCGACUUCGUGAAGCUUACUCCAGUCCCCCAGCAAGAUAUCGAGCCGAAACCAAUGGGCGUGUGA